AUGAUACUUGGUGCUGAUUUCUUCCCUCAAGUUAUCAAGCCGAACAUCAUCAGAGGGCUAGCAACUGAACCCAUAGCUCAGCUUUCACUCUUUGGUUGGCUCAUCUCAGCGCCUAUGUGUUGCAAUCACAGUGUGUCCCUCUUUAGCCAGUCUCAUCACGUCGUUUCAAUAAGUGACACUCAGCUGCAAGAUCUACUCACUAAGUUCUGGGUUCAAGAGGAAGUUCCACUCAACUCAGAUCACGCACUCACCCCAGAGAAAGAGGAGCGUGAGCAGCAUUUCAAGGAGAUUCACUCACGAGAUCCAUCAGGUAGAUACGUGGUACGAAUACCGUUAAAAAAUUUUGCCUCAUUAUUAGGUGAAUCUCAACAGCGUGCUCAAGCAUGCUUUAAGCGCGAUUCGAGCCGCAUCCAGCGUGAUCCAGACUAUGGCAAACUAUAUGUUGAUUUCAUGGAUGAGUAUUUAGCGCUAGGUCACAUGCGCCCCAUCAGUUUGGAUCACCUCUCUAGAACACCUCAUUAUUAUUUGCCUCAUCAUGGAGUGCUGAAGAAGGAUGGAGAUACCUCCAAGAUUCGUGUCGUUUUCAAUGGUUCUGCUCUGACUUCUUCUGUUUUCUCUGUGAACAGUAUUACUCACACUGGCCCUAAUCUCUUGGCUAACAUCAUGGAUGUGAUUUUAUGGCUCAGAUCAUUUCAAUGGACCUUCUCAACAGACAUUUCAAAGAUGUACCAGCAAGUUGAUGUUCACUCCGAUGAUUGGGAUUUACAACGUAUCAUAUCGAAGGAUAAAACUCAAAGAGACACUUACUUCCAUCUUACAACGGUCACUUAA